CUUUGUAGUCGUGCCUCAUAGCUUAUAACUGUUCUUACGAAGAGCUCCCGCCCUCCGUGGUUCGUGAAUCUCCUUAUCUCUCUCGUCUUCCGUAGCCGGUUUGGCUCGGGCAAAGUUAUUUCGUGAAGUUGUCAGGCUUUGUUACAGCGUCCGGCCCUGUGCUGACUUCCGCUAUCACUGCUGGGUUUGCAGAGCCUCUGUAAAAUCACAAGGUCGAGCUCGCCCUACUCUUGUAGUGGUAGGAUCGCGGUGCCAUAGAUGAUACUGUGCUUCCGCUCGGACAUUCGGCGAAGCUUGUAUAAAUCUGGCUUGGUGGGCAACUGCGUACAAAUAUGCGGCAUUGCGUUGCCUGUUCAUGCGCAUGCUUCGGGUGCUUCUUACUGGCAGUGUAUUCUUGGGUCUUCAGCAGCAUUGGCAGCAUACAUAUGCAAGUCUGCAGGCUUAGAGAUGUUGACAACGUGAACGCAGAGCUAGCUGCUUGGGGUGCGGUUGACCAGUUGAACGAGCUCAUUGCGGCAGAGGCGCGCGUGUUUGGAAAUUGCGCAGAUCCAGAACUCUUGCAGGAUGGCAGCGACUCGAAGCCGUGCAUGGUGUUACAGAAGUUCCCGUACAACUUGACCGAAGGUUUCUAGACAGCUUCUCUUCUCCUUCUUUCUCUUCCUGCUCCCCUUCCCCCCAGGCUCCUGCUCCUCGAAAGGUUUCUGGACGGCUGUUUUUGAAGACUUCAGGAUGGACCCGUCUGUCGUCGUGCACACUAUGGAAGCUAGGUGCAGCGCCGAGCGGCAGUGGAACUUUGUGCUGAACGCUACCGUUCCUCGGGUGCAGGUGGGAGGCAGAGUCGUUCGGCGAGUGCCUCUCUUUGGGGAGAGCGUUGCAGACUACAUGUGCACGAAGACCGCGAAGUGCCUCGUUGACACGGCUCUGUUCUACCCGAGCGGCUUCCGCGUCAGCCUGUCGAGCACGCUGGCCUGCGCGAACGGGACGGCCGGCCUCGUGAUAGACCCUGGGGCGGUGGAGCCCGCGCAUGCCCGCCUCCGCGAGAGCGGGCAGUUCUCGGGACUGGAGGCGUGGCUCGCCUCGCAGGGCAUGAGGUACGUGAACGGGCGUCUGCCCUGGGUCUUGAAGAGAAGCUUUCCUCGACAAGCCGCUGCCUGUCGGGGGGCCGCUCCGGCAGCUCUGCGAUGGCGACAGCCUGCUCCAGGUGCUCGGCGGCCAGGGCGUCGAGGCCCGUGCGGCGGUCGAGGCUCUGCAGUGGUCCCCUGCGGCCGGCCUCCUCUUUCUCGUCCUCGGUGCCGGUGCCCUCCUGCGGGGCCAGCGCGCGGCCGCUGCAGGGCAGACGGCGGCGCACCCGGGCUACGUCCGCCUGUGACGCUCCUGGCGGGGCCGCCACGGCGCCGCGAGGCCCAGUGGGCACCGCGGCUGGCAGCAGAGCCGGGCGGCAGGCCGUCGGUGCAGCUCGCAGGCACUGGCCCCCUCCACGGGGCGCGGGGGGGCAAGCGGUGGCCUCGUCGGCGGCCUGGGCUCAGAGCCUGGCCGCGACGGGUUUUUUGGCAGGGCCGCGGCGGCGCCGGGCGGCCCUUCGGGUGCGGAACCUGGCGGCCGUCGGCGCAGAUGGGCUCAUCGCCGGCAUCGCAUGGCCCGAGGCCGGAGUUCACGCACCGCCGUCGCGGACCGAGGGGGCGCUGCGCGCCAAUCAGUUGCUGACGCGCAGCAUCGCGCUGCUGGGGGGCGGCAGCAUCGCGCUGUUGAAAAACGGGAACGAAAGUGACGAGUGCAGUUGCCCUAGCUCUCUACUCUUUGCGCUCUGCUUUCUGCUCUCUGCGCUCGAAGAAG